GUUCACUCCGAGAAUGUCGUUCAUGGAGACCUCCAUCCUGGGAAUGUACUCAUAGAUGGUUCAGGGCAUCCACAUCUCACAGAUUUUGGUCUCGCAACAGUCGCAGGGGACGCAGAGUUACAGUUGUCCAUAACGACCGCAUCCCGCGUCUUGGAUCCUCGAUGGCGUGCGCCUGAAGUCAUUGGAAUCGAAUGUGAUCCUGGACGACCGACUAUCAAGAGUGAUGUAUAUUCUUUUGGUGGUGUCAUGUUCUUUGUGCGAUUUCUGUGUUUUUCGGCAGUUCUAUUCUAA